AAAUGACGGACACAGCGUCAAUAAGGAAGAUCCUAUAUACAGCUCAGACUGCGAUUGCUCGCAAAGAGUGGAAAGAUGCUGCAGAUGCAUUUACCCGCUUUGUCAACGCGGUCCCUGAAGAGGGCCACGCCAUGCCGCGACUCUCCCGGAGCUUAUGUUUCCUGGAGCAGAAGGAAUAUGCAAAGGCCAUUGAAGAUGCUGAAGCCGUACUAAGGCUGAGCGAUGUGCACACUCCAGAGGAACUUCUGCCAGGCUGUUACAGCACACGGGCGGCAGCUUCGGCGUACCUUGCAAAAGCGCACGAUCUUCUCGGAAAUGCUGUGGAGUCUGCCCGGUACAAAAAGCUGGGGACGGAGCUCCUUCAAGCCGACGCAUCCAAUCUUGAGAAAGCCCUCCAAAUCAAAGAGGAAGGAAAUCUUCUGUAUCGAGCAGGACAAAUAGAACAGGCACUCAAGAAGUACGAGGAAGCCCUCAAAUUUAAUCCCGUAGAGGAAACCGUGCUCUCUAAUGCUUGUCAAGCCCUUAUAAAACUGGGAAGAUUGGACGAAGCAGCCGUGAUGGCAGAUCGAUGCGUCUAUGCAAAGCCAACGUGGAUUAAAGGAUACUACAGGAAAGGAACCGUGGCGAUAAAGCAACGCCGGUUCACAGACGCAAUUAGCGCCUUUCAGGAGGGACUCCGUCAUCACCCUGAUGAUACUGACUUGAGGCGCUCCUAUAUGGAGGCAGCGCGCAUGGCGGAACAGAAUGCAACCACUCAGGGCGGUUUCGAGAAACGAGUGAUGGGCAUGAUGAUGGAGAUUCAGCAUUCCUCAUGGAAAGUCAAGGAAUGGUUCUCGCAGUGUCGUGCUGGGAUCAAGUGGUGGAAUCAGCAAUCCUGGGAUAAAGAUUGUGCACCGCAUUUGAAAAAUGAGGAUGUACAAAGACUGGUAAUACAAGUUCUGGGAUUCCUGGGAAGCGGCAUGACCCUUGAAAACGGUGCGGCACCUGCGCACAGUGAUCCGGAACUGAAGGCGAAGGCCCCACCAGAUAGUCUGGCGUCAUAUGUACUCCCUUCCUCGCCGUUGCUGUCACUCAUCAUCCUCCACCGCAUAUUUACGUUGGCAUAUCCUGCAGAAGAUUGGAGUAUGGUCUGGACGUUUCAGGCCGAUCCAAAGCCGUUCGCAAAGUCAUCUCUGUUUCCCUUCAUAUCAUCACACUACUCAUAUGCAGUACUCGUGUCUCACGACGAAAGAAUAGUAGUGGAUUUCCUGGCUAUCUGGGCACGUCAAGCAGGCGGGGAUGCGACAUUCGAGAAGUGGUUUGAAAACGUUGCUGCUGGCGGCGGUCGGGAAGGCGAGGCGGUAUACUACACGUGUGAUGAUGAUUUGAAGAUGUUGGAAUUCGUCGAAAGCUUGUACAGCAUGGAAAACCAAAGGAACAUGUCACGAGAGAAAGGUUUAAAAGCAACUGAGACAUCAACUGACAAAAAGCCUGCCAAAGAAGAAGAAACAACACCUGAAAGUGAGAAGAUGCCCUCAAAUCAAUCUGGCCCUGUGCAGGGAUUGAACGUUGCGCCAGCCAGGGACAUGUCAAAUUAUUUCGUGCUUGUUGGGAAGGAAUUGGUACUUGGCGCCGUAUUAAUUGUCCUGCUAGGAAUAGUGCUGGUAAUGUCAGGAACCAUAGAGGGAAAUGACGUGGCAGAAUGGAUCUCUAGACGCAUUUAGUACAUAGGCAAUCUAACUGGUGUGCCCUAUUUGUCUCUAACGGUUCCGUCUAUUUUGGCUCUAUUAUCAACUGGUAGUUUUUUUCAGCGUAUCCCAGUCAAGACCGAAUAAGGUGUAAUAGAACAGCUUUAAAAACUUGUGAGUAUCGCC